UGGAUUCGGUUCAAUGAACGUGGGUCAACAAUUUUGUGGGUACCUGUAUCCUGAUGAUAGGAUCAUUUCAGCCGCGUCCUUGACAGGGUUGUUAUGUGGGGAGAGAACAAGUGAGGGCGACAUUGCGUGCUUCCCAUGUCACAAAGUCCUGACAAAAUGUUACAGUAAAGCGAUCUUUGAUCACUCCGUGCAGUUGUUGCCCGAAGGAGAAGGCUACCCGACAUCCCUAUGGCAUUCCCUGUAUACAGAACAAGACGUUUGUUCUACCUUAUUGUUACCGCUGCUACGGUGCUGUACGUACUGAUUAUGAUGGAGGCGCCUCGUCACAGUAACAACAGAAACUGGCUUUAUGCGAAAAGACGUUUCGUCCACAAAGGUUCUAAUAUACCGGGGACGGGGCCAAUGUCACCGCUUGACGCGACAACACACGAGAAGCACAUGCUACAAGACAAUCACAUCUCUGGCCAUCAGUUCAACGGGGAACAAACUGAAGACGGUAAAGAACGGUCAUAUGCACCACCUAGAGAAACCCAUUCUCGGUAUUCUAACACUACAUGUUCCCCAAGACAUAACAUCGCUUUCUUGAAGGUGCACAAAUCCGGAAGCACUACGGUGUCAAACAUCCUCCAGAGGUACGCCGUUAGGAACGAUCUCAACUUGGUCCUGCCCGACAAACUGGUCGGAGAAAGCGGUUUCAACAUUCUUGGUUACGGGCCUUUAUUCUCGGCGGAUAUGGUGAUCCCCGUACCGGAAGGACAGACGUUCAAUAUUCUGUGCAACCAUAUGGUGUACAACAGGCCAGUUAUGGACCAGUUCAUGCCCGCUAACACGUUCUACGUUGCCAUAGUGAGGAGUCUGGAAGAGCGGUUUAUGUCUGCGAUGAAUUAUUUUGGCCAGGUGGGUUUCAUCAUGGAAGAAAAGAAGGGGGUUCGUGGGUUUACACUUAAGGACGUAAUGCCCCACUUCUUCAUCAAUCAAACAGUUCGUGGGAUAAACAAGGAAUCUUUAAUAAACAGCAUUGCGUAUGACUUUGGGUUUGCCACGUACCGCGACAACGAAGAAUACUUUCAGAGCUACCUUAAGAACAUAGAUAAGGAGUUUGACUUUGUCAUGAUCAUGGAAUAUUUCGACGAGUCCCUCGUGUUGCUAAGGCGACGUCUGUGCUGGGGUCUUCGCGACAUCCUCUAUAUCAAACGUAACACCUAUGAACAUAAUUCUCUUCCUCUAACAGAGGAAGACAGGCAUAAACUGUACGAAUCACAAAAACGAGAUCACAGGAUAUACCAACAUUUCUACCGCAAAUUCUGGCGUGGAAUUCUAGCUGAGGGACACGACAUAUUUGAUGAAGUUGCCAACUUUAAACUUGUGCAAAAGCAAGUUUUUGACUUUUGUAGGGGAGAUAGAAUACAGCGAAAGGUUUUGAACAUUCCCUCAUCGAAGUGGAACGAUGAGUUUAGGCUGACAAGGUCGGAGUGUCGGCAGAUGCAGAUGUCAGAGCUGAUGCUGGUUGAGAAGGUGAUGGAUAGGGCCAGACAGAGGCUGAGGAGGGAUGGGACGGAAAAACAAUGGCUGAAAUAUGUUGAGAACUUUUGGCAAAGAAACAAAAUGCGCAUACGAAACUUUGAAACCAGUGACGAAAUGUUUUAUCUGAGUAAAACAAAUGCCAUAUGAUACAUGUUUGUUUUAUAUUUUUACACACGUUGUACUCUUCAUUAAAAUGUAUAUCUUUGU